AUGGUUUACGUUUAUGUCAACAGCCGUAUAGUUCAGCGCCGCUCGGAAGAGGAAAGAGAUAACAGAUUGAAGAGGCUUCCCGUUGUAAGGAACCGCGGUAAAACUGCCCUCUGUGCCUGCACUUUGCCUCUUGUUCAGAAUCUAAUAAGUCGCGCAGCUUUCGAAAAUUACAAAAAUGAUUACCCAAAAACACGCUUCAACAACUUUGAAGAGCUAAAAGACUGGAGGAAAGAUAUUGCGGAAAAGUAUCUUGAUAACGCCUUAUGGCAAUGGAAAAAAGCAAGCUGGUAUUUGCGUUCCAAGACAUACCAAGAGCGUGGUAAGUUUUACAGUCUCCAGAACGGAAUAAAGUUCACCAAAGCUAAAGUUCUGUUCUCUCAGCAUAUGAGAUCUAUAAGGAAGAGCACCCAAAGACAAUUUACAAGGGUAACGAUGAUAUUUCCUCUGCAGUCGCAUGGCGUUAUAUUGAUAAGGUUGUUGCGGAGGAGUUCAAAAGAAAUAAGGAGUAUAACAAACGUCGAAAGGAGAAAAUCUGUGAAAAGGGACCGCUUCGAGUAUUUUUCUAUCGAGUGACACACCUACCAAAGGAAAGUACAAUGUAG